AUGUUCUCUCGCUCUAAGCAGACAAAGCCUCUAAAAGCAGUCCCUCUGAAGUUCGUUAAGGAGGGUGAAAACCUUGAUGUAGCUAACUCAAUCAUGAGUGUUGAAAUGUCUGGUGCAUCAAAGACAAAGACACCUAAAGUCAGCAGAACAAGAAAAUCUUCUACAAUGAGCAGUCAAAGAAGGUCUGCUUCAAUCGAAAGAAUCUUCGAAAAGCAGAAGCAAAGUGAAACAAAGAUCAAGGAAGAUCUUCAGAAACACCUUCAAGAAUUGAGGGCAAAGGAGCAUUCACUCAUGGCUCCACCUCCUCCAGUAUCCAAAUUACCACCUCCCCCGCCCCCACCACCACCACCAGUUUCAUUGGCUCCAAAGGUGAGAAAGAUUGCUCCUUCAAAGACUAUCAUACCAAAGGGAGCUGUAAAUCAGAUGGCCGCAAUUUCUCUUGGUGAAAUUACAAAGGGAAAAUCCUCUCUCAGAAAGGUUCAUUCUCAAGAAAUACCAGAGGUCAAGAAGGAUGAAGAUGAUGUCUUAGAUCUUAUCAAGUUUAAAUUACAACAAAUACGUCCUCACCUUGAGGUCUCAUCCGAUGAAGAUGAUGAAGUUGAAUCUUCAAGUGAUGAAGAAUUCUAA